UGUGUACGCUGCAAGGAUCAGACGGUGUUCGCUUAAAGUUGAUAUCAAUGAAUUAGUUUAGUUUUAUUUAUUGUAACAAGAAACAAAUAAGUACAAUUAUAAAGCGUGCUCUUUGUUUAAAAUUACAAAGUGUAAAAAUGGAUCAAUAUCCGACAGAAGAGGAGGAAUUUGAGCUGAUGUAUGGAGAUGAGCUCGAGGCGAUGGAUGAUUUGGGGUUUGAAAUGUCUGAAGCACAACCGGAACCAACUCGUGCAAAGAAUAACGACCCUCCUCGUGCAUCGACAGCAUUUUCUCAUUAUAGCAGAGGUCCACUAGAUAGCCCACGUUUGUCUCAAAUCAACGAGGACAGCCCGUUACAAAGCCCCGCAUUUUCACAAAUACCGAGAAACUCAUCCACAAUCAAUAAGCGGCUCUUUGAUACUCCGGGUCCGUCGCGUUAUGGACGUUUGGCUUCGACGCCGUUUCCUGAAAAUGCUGAUGCUGGUAUACUGGCCGCUGACCCGUUAAGCGAAAUUCAAAACAUCGGUCUUAAUCCACGUAAAAGACGUUUAGAUGCUUUAUUCGGAGACAUUCAGGAUAUCGAAGAUGAUGAGCACAUUUUGUGUCAGCAGGUCUACACGAAGAAAACCAAAACCGAAGAGGAACUUGAUAUGGAAUUGAUCGAAAAAAUCCUCGAAGCAAGGAAACGCUUCCAAGCGGUUGUGAAUCCAGUUAAAUCGACCGGAUUGGAUCGAGCAGAGGCUUUGCAUCGGUUCAAGAUGCAGAAUUUGUCAUAUUCGGUGCCGAAGUGGCCUUUUGCUACGAUUGUGCGAAGUGACAAUGAGCGGGUUUACGUGCGGUUUCACUCGGAAGAGUUUGAAACGAAUGCUAUAAAUGAAAUAAAUUGCUUCAAGAAUGGUAUCAAUGGAUUACUAGGUGAUGCAAAGGAGAGAAUUUGGAACGAAGCUAAGGAAAUCGUCUCGAAGCGCUUUGAAGCUCCUGAACGUGCAAUUCAAUCUAGCCCGGAUGUACAGGUCAUUGUUCCAGAUCAGAGUACCGAGCUAUGGGUUGAAAAGUACCGCCCAAGACGUUAUAUUGAUUUACUGUCGGACGAAACCACAAAUCGCAGUCUAUUGCAAUGGUUAAAGUUAUGGGAUAAGGUGGUUUUCGGACGCGAACCGAAACAAAAAACUGAUACUAAACAGUUGAACAGUUUUAAUAAAAAGACCGGCCGAUUUGAGUCGAAUGGAGGCUGGAAGCGGAAAGGUCGAUCGGCAUUAAAUACUGAUCUGGAUGAACACGGUUGCCCAGUGCAGAAAGUUGCCUUGUUGUGUGGUCCCCCAGGUUUGGGAAAAACCACUUUGGCUCAUACAAUCGCCAGACAUGCCGGGUAUGUUGUGCGAGAGGUCAACGCAUCCGAUGAUCGAAGUCCGGAAGCGUUUCGGUUAGCGUUGGAGAGUGGAACACAGAUGAAAUCCGUGCUUAAUGAAGAUAAACGACCGAACUGUAUAGUUUUGGAUGAAAUCGAUGGUGCCCCAGUAGCAACGGUGGAUUUUUUGCUGCGAUUCGUGUCUGGAGCGGUCCCGCAAAAAGGUGGUAAUAAAAAAGGCAAAGGAGACAAGUUUAUUUUGAAACGACCGAUAAUCUGUAUAUGUAACGACUUGUACGUUCCUGCAUUGAGACAACUGCGUCAGAUGGCGUUCGUUGUCAACUUUCCACCCACUGAAUCGGCCAGACUGGCAGAAAGGUUACUGUUGAUAGCCAAGCAGGAGAAAAUCACAACAGACUUGACAUCUAUGCUAGCACUAGCGGAUAAAACAGGAAAUGAUGUACGGUCAUGCCUUUCCAUGCUGCAAUUUCAUAGCUCGUUAAAGAAACCCCUGCGACUGACGGACGUUUUGAAAUGUAAUGUUGGUCAGAAGGAUCGACACAAGGGGUUGUUCGGAAUUUGGUCUGCAAUCUUCCAGAUUCAACGGCCAAAGAAAACCUUAGUAGAGGAUGAGAAUUCAGCUAACGACGCAAUUGUCACGCUAACUGAUAUGUCUCCAGCCACGCGGAUGGUCAACAUUCUGGACGUGAUUCAUAUGGCCGGCGAUUACGAUAGGUUGACGCAGGGUGUGUUCGAGAACUAUUUGCAGCAAAAAAUGCCCGAUCCGAAUAUGGUCGGUGUAGCGGAAGCUGGCAGUUGGUUUUGCUUCAACGAUCGCGUCCAGCAGAUGAUUAACCACCAGCAGAAUUACUCGAUAUACCCGUACCUAAUGUACGCUUUCGUGUCGUGGCAUUUCCUAUUUGCCGGUCUGGUCUGGCCGAAAAUUAAUUUCCCUAACAAGGGCUUCGAGACGUCCCAAAAGCUGGCAACUUGUAAACUGAUACUAACGGGACUGCGGAAGGGACUCUCGGCGCAGCUAAAGGGUAUUGGUGAAGGACCAACGGUGCUGCUGGAUACGGUGCCGUUGUUGAAGCGUGUGAUUAGUCCUUCAUUGAGAUCGGUUUCGCUGCAAUUGUUGACUCCAAAGGAAAAGUCGGACCUAACUCAUGCAGUAGAAGUUAUGGCAGAUUUUGGCUUGAACUACAUACAACUGAAAUCGGCUGAGGGAUCUUAUCAGUACCAGCUGAAUCCGGAUAUCGAACAACUGGGUCAUUUCACAGGUGUUUCCGGGCAAAAUUUGAGCUACUUUGGAAAGCAAAUCGUCGCGAGAGAAGUGGAAAUGGAGGUUAUGCGACGAGCUCAGCCAAAAGUAUCCCGGGCACCGGCGAAAGGACAAACUGCUAAAAUUACCGAAAUCGGUGGUGCUCGUAAAAAUAAACCAUCGAACGCAGCAUCAUCGUCGACGUUACCCAAUCAUCUGCAAACUCUUCAGCCGAAACCAGUCGUCCAGAAAGUGAAACAGGUGGUAUUCAAGGACUUUUUCGGUCGGAUCACAACCCGUGAAACAAUGGUACCCGUUCAAGAAGGUGGAACUGACACGAUUGUAAAAAGCCCUAUUUGGUAUCGCUACAAGGAAGGUUUUAACAAUGCCGUGCGGAAGGAUGUUACUCUGCAAGAUUUGAUGUAAGCCCUGCAUUAUGACUCUCGAGCGUAAAUGAAAGUGAAGGUGUUCAUCCGAUUCGUACCAUCCUUAAAGUUACUGCAAAGAAAUCCUGUAAAAAUGGCUUAUCAUUUAUAAGCUACUCAAAGCAUAAUUUGCCGAUAAUUUCAUAAUACCUAAAUUUUCCAACAUAAUCAAGUUCAAAAGCUACGGCUGCCGCAAAGUUCACUAUCGUCCACCGGCCUCGGAACGCAAUCAAGUGGGGAAAACUUUGCGGAAAAUUUCCGUACCGCUUAGAGCGCACACACUUCAAAGCAGCUAAUUUUUCGACCGAAAAACAUCCUCUUUUACAGGAGGCUUUGCACGUAGCGCCGUGGCGCGGCGCUUUCGUUUGGAGCACAAGUCUAUGUUUGUAGCCGAGGUUCAGAAAUGCCUUUUCUUUACCGCUUAAUCCGCUUAAUUUUAUUUAACCCAAUUUAUUUAGGCAAUUACCCAAACUUUUGCUCAUCUUAUUAAAAUUUAAUCGAAUGUGAUCAACGAAAACAGUGAAGGAUGCAAAACGGAAGAUCGACCAAGGCAUCCUGUUUCGUCGGAUGGCGCAUAAGGUUAACUUUGGCGAUACGUUCCGGUGGUGCCAAGUGUUUUACUACCCGGGUUCUCUUUGAAGGCGAAACAACAUACAGCGAAGAUAUGCAAAAAGCAAAGCAUAAAGUAGUAAUUUUCAGCAACAAAGUAUCGUCGGAGAUAAAAGUGAGUCGUUACAAGAUUGCCGGAAGUGCUGUUGUGUGGCGUGUGCCGAGUGUGAAAAUUGAGUAAAAAUUAAAACAAAUUUUCUACCGAAACGGUACUUGCUGCUACUGUGAUGCUUUAAUAUCAUGUGAGGUGGUGGCCACAGGUGUCAGCGUAUAAAAGUUACGACGGCAGACAAGUUUUUAUUUUGUUUUGGUAUGGUACUCCGGAAGACGGAUGCCCUUAAAACAUGUGUUCCGAAUGUUAGGAUUUCAGGUUUUCGUAGAUAUCGUAAAAGGAAUAUUAAACAAAACGAAUCAAUCCCUGAAGUGAUGAUUCAUUUGAUUUGGCAAUAUUCUCUAUUUGUUAUCAAAUAGGAUUAAUAUUUCUUUACGAUGAACAAAUUCUGAUUUUUGCGAAAAAACGCUUUUUUUGAAGGUUAGCCUUGUGUUUGAAUUUGAUCGCUUCCACGAUGGAAAAAACUGUAAUAUCUUAUAACGAAAGCAAUUAAUGAAAAUCUAGGACUAGUUUCAUAGAAAGGUUUUCUUUUAAUUUUUAAACUUUUUUUAUUUCAAUUCAACAGAAACAAAACUUUUCGAACAUUUGAAGCCUUGUCACUGUUACAAAAAAAUUUCAGUGAUAAAUAUAUCACGUAUUUCGAUAUGUUUAGAGAAUAACGGUCACAACAGGAACGUACAUUGAGAGAAAUCUUCUGCACUAGACAAAAUUAUAUUCGACCAAAUGUAAUCUUGAAACGGGUGAUUUUUUAAAAUCUAAGGGUUCAGAUAGUUAAACUAUAUGAUUUUGUUUGCGGUAUACAGCUCAAAUCGUUCUUCGGUUCCUCCUAAUAUCACAUCGACAUAUACUAGCCACAAGCAGUAGCUCCUUUUGUCAAAA